AACGGCGUGAGGGUCCGCAGCGGUGUAUACCGUUUGGCUCUCUGUGCGUCGGGAUGCUGGUGGAAGUUGGCGCAUCUUCCGUUUCAGUGGAUCUUGAUCUUUUUGGAUUACGCUCUUGGAGAGUACCAACAACAUACAUGGACUCCCGUCACGCGGUCUAAUCAAAGAAGAAUGACCAUGGAUUUUUCACAACUGCACACAUAUACGCCGCCACAGUGUGCUCCAGAAAACACCGGUUACACCUACUCUCUCAGCUCCAGCUACUCCACAGCAGCUUUAGAAUUUGAGAAGGAGCACCAGAUUGCUCCUGUAUACGAGUCGCCCAGGAUGUCACGACGGAGCCUGCGUCUGCAGACCAGUGCUGGUCACUAUGACAACGAGAGCCUGGCUGAUUACUCUCAGAACCACAGUAGCAGUACCAGUUACACCAACACCAGGAGAGAGACGAGGACACUACGGAGCAGAAAGCAACAGUCAAAUGCCAACACAUUGUCAUUAUCGCUAAGCCAGGCUUCCACACCGAGGAAAGCCCUCUCCUUCUCAGCUGUCAGUACUCCAAUUAACAAUAGCAGCAGCGUUCAAGAAAGUGGCAUGGUUUCUGGUGCCACCCUUCACAGCUCCACGUUGGACCAGUCCCGCCAGAGACGCACUGUCACCACAACCACCACCACUACUUCUACGUCUGUGGGUGGACACUGGGGGAAAAGCACCACCACUGACCACGGUUUCUCUAACCUAAAUGGCGACACCAGUCUGUCUGAGUCCCACACCUUGCUCGCCAACGGUUACAUCUGCAAAGACUGCUCUUUACACUCUCAGGAGAUGGACUCAUUUAUCACACGGUCAUCAUCGUCAUCAUCUCAGGCUGCAGAAGCUUACGCUGACGUUCACUCUCCUUCAACCGUACCUUUCACAAGCAUAUACUCCAGAGACCGGAGGAGGAACAAGACAGGCGUCCUGAUGUCUAUGUCUAACACGUGUAUGCGCUACAGCAAACGAGUCCUGACCCCCAUAGUGUCCUUAAUCACCCUGCUCUACAACAGUGUGCUCUGGCUGGGUUCAACUGCCAGGAGCCUUCCAGGAAAAGGUGCAUCAGUAUCGGACUCAAUGAGACGAGCAGUGUCUUCCAGUUUGUCCCAAAUGUGGCUGUUUAAGCAGACCACUCUCAACAGGAUGAUGGGCUACAGGGCUAAUGGCUAUGAAGGACAAGCUCACUCGAGUUUCUGUCGAAGCAUGAAUGUCAAGGAUCUGGUGACUGAAGAAACAUCACAACUGGAUCUCAAUGGUUCUCUGUGUGAUGACUGUAAAGGGAAACAGUAUACUGAGACACACAGCAGCAUCCUCAAACAGUCCUCCAGGCCUCGAAGCCUAGUGGGGCCACUGUGGAGCAUCCUAGCUUAUGCAGGUUACUGCCUCCUCCAGCCAGCAUACUGCGUGCUGGGUGUAGGCAAGGCUUUGGGCUCAGGUGUUGUGGCAGCGGCACAAAACUUACUGUCACUGUUCUGGGUGCUUCUGUCAGCUCCAGAGAAGGCAGGCAGAGGGCUUCUGUGGUUUCUUGCAACAGGAUGGUACCAGCUGGUGUCCCUCAUGUGUCUUCUUAAUGUCUUUUUCCUGACGCGAUGCCUUCCCAAACUCUGGAAGCUCCUGCUGCUCCUUUUGCCACUUUUGCUCUUGUUUGCUUUAUGGUGGUGGGGUCCAUCCACUUCUGCCCUGUUUGCCUACCUCCCUGCCAUUAACCUAACCCAGUGGCGUCCUGCAUCUCCCUUCACCCUCUUGUCCAACUUGAUACCAGCUUCUGCUCCAGUUCCUGCAUCUGUCCCCACACCAGAGACUCCACUGGAGCAGACUCCAGCCACCCCAGUCCCACACGCUCUGCCUAUCCCUCCACCAGUGGCAGUCUCCACUGUAGACUUGGAACGUCUUCUACAUGUCGAGCGGCAGCUUGCCCUGCUGUGGGAGCAAGUUCAACGGGGUGAUGAGAAGGAGAAGCAGCAUCAUGGGGAUGUUCUGGUUCUCUAUAACACCCUGACGGAGCAGUUACACACUCAGACAAACAAGGAGAGCCUGGGACUGUGGGUUUCCUCUCUGCUGGACCAGAGGCUCGACAUUCUGCGUGGAGAGUUUGAGCAGGAUAACGCACAUCGGGCAAAGAGUGAAGAGAAGCAGAAACAACAACACGAGAGUCAGGCAUUACAGCUGGCUGAUUUAGAACUGCUGCUCAAUGCUCUGGCUGUCAAGACUCAGGAGUUGCAGCAGAAGCAGCAGCAGUAUGAGCAGGAGAAAGAGAAAGAGGUCAACAUUCCACCAGCAGACACGCCGCCAGUCAGUGUGGGUGUAAAGCAGGAGGACCACGAUGCUCUGCUCACUGAGGUGCAGAGGCUUGAGGUGGAGUUGGCUAAAAUCAGACAGGACCUGCAGAGUGUUGUGGGAUGCAAGGGCAAGUGUGAGCAGUUGGAUAACCUGCAGGAGAUGAUAUCAGGCCAAGUGUCCUCUCAGGUGCGCAAGGAGCUGCAGGUUCUGUUCUUUGGCAGCGGAGGGUCAGGAGAGGAGCAGGGCGCGGUGCCUGAGUCUCUGAUCAACUGGCUGUCCCAGCGCUACGUGAGCUCACCUGACCUGCAGGCCUCACUGGCUGCACUGGAACUGAAGGUCCUGAGAAAUGUGUCACUGCAGCUGGAUCUUAACCGGGCCCAGACCCUGGGUGAGGCAGAGUCUCAAGCCCAGAGUAUCGUCCAGACAGUAACUGGGACUGUCCGACACACCGUCUCUGCCGAGGGACUGACAGAAGAGCAAGUGAAGCUGAUCGUCCACAAUGCGUUAAAACUCUACUCCCAGGAUCGAACAGGCCUGGUAGACUACGCCCUGGAGUCUGGCGGUGGCAGCAUCCUCAGUACCCGCUGCUCAGAGACAUACGAGACAAAAACGGCCCUCAUGAGUUUGUUUGGUCUGCCGCUGUGGUAUUUCUCCCAGUCUCCACGAGUUGUCAUCCAGCCUGAUGUGUACCCAGGUAACUGCUGGGCAUUUAAAGGCACUCAAGGUUAUCUGGUGAUCCGACUGUCCCUGAGGAUCCUGCCCACAUCCUUCUGCGUGGAGCACAUCCCCAAGGCCUUGUCCCCAACUGGAAAUAUCACCAGCGCCCCACGCAACUUCACUGUUUUUGGUCUAGAUGAUGAAUACCAAGAAGAGGGGAAGCUGCUGGGACACUACAUAUACCAGGAAGAUGGAGACUCACUGCAAACUUUCCCAGUUACAGAGCAGAAUGACAAGUCCUUCCAGAUCAUUGAGGUGCGGGUGCUGUCUAACUGGGGUCACCCAGACUAUACCUGCAUGUACCGGUUCAGAGUCCAUGGAGAACCUCGGCCUCAGUGAACCCGAACCUCUACCAUAUACACUCGUAUGACAUAUCGCCCUAUCUGUACAUAGCUCUUGUCAACGUCUUUCCAAAAACAUGCGGGGGACUUGGUGGUACUUUGUGGACUUUUUUUGUAUGGAAGCCAUGAAAGCACGAGGGUUGUAGAUUGUAAAAAGAAUGUGCCCAGACUGAAUCAUGAACUGUUUUUUUUUAUAUACAUAUAUAUAUAUAUAUAUAUAUAUAUUGAAAGAAUUGCAGGAAAGUGUAUGUGGAUUUUUGAUGUCUGAGUUGAGGAGAAGAGCCACGGAAGAAGCUGAAAACCCCCAGUCCCAGUUUUGUAAAAAUGCCUCUUGCACUGAAUUAGCCUGUGAGGAACGAGACCCUACCAAGGGGACAAAUCCAUUCUCCCCCUCUUAGCACCUUCUUCAUCUGUAGAAAGGUGAAUGCCUGAAAUUGGGGAGUUGACUCAUUUCCACCAUUUCCUCACACACUGGAUCUCAGUGUAACUUGGUUUCUGUCGUUAAUCAUCCUUAUUCAACUUUAUUUUUCCUGGUAGAGUCACACUGCAUGCUUUCUUUGGUGCAGUCCGGACAUCGUAAUCGUCUUUGUUGCUGUCACAUCUUUACAGUAAUGUUAAGUGAGCUGGGUGGACGGUCUGCUGGACUGGAUCACGCUCACAAGUGGGUUCAUACUGGACAUGAGGUUCUCAACAUUUAAGGCUUGGCAUCAUGCAUGGCCAUAUUUAAUUAAGAUUUUUUUUUUCUUUCUUGGAACUCAACAUGCUGCCUGUGGGAAAAACUCUGAAUGUUUUCUCAAGUGGAAGCUUGAUGCAAGUCGACCUUUAACUACACUGCAACACUAAUGUAACCUCUAACCUGCUGUGUGUGCUGGGAGGAUUAGGAGGUUCAUCACAAUACUGUCCAUUGGACAAAAUGUAUGUAUGGUUACGGAGGACUCGAGCAUGUGUCUCCUUCAAAAUCAUGCAGUUACUCUUUUACAUGCCUCGAGGAUUUAUGCUAGUUUGGGUCCGACGUCUGGGGUCACAAAUUACAAAUCAUUGUUGGAACCUGAAUAUUAACUUCUGCAGAUCAGUGUGAAUUUUCUUUUCUGUGAUUCUUUUUCAUGAAGAGAUUCUGUCCCUCCAGCGCAAAUGUCCUCAGCCUGGCUCCCUCUAUUCUGAAAUUUUGAAGGAAUGUAAUCUGUACAUUUUAUUGUUGAUAGUUGAUCCUUUAUAUCGGCUUUUAUCAGUGUUGCUUUAUAAGAGGAAAAAAAUCACCCUGUCAUUAUCAUUAUUAUCAUUGUUGUAUUACUAUUAUUUCUACUGUUACUCAUGAUGAUGUUUUGGCUUCAUGUUUUUGUUUUUUUUGUGGGGGGGUGUAAUAGUGUAAGAGAAUGCACUGCAAUAACUUGUUAGACGCUUGGCACAGGUCUUCAUGAUUUGUUUUUAAUAAUGGGGUGGUCACCACUUUUGGCUGCAAAUACGGCGAAGUCUAGAAUGCUAUGUAUAAAAAAUGUUUUGUUCACAAACCUAUUUAUUAACAAGUCAAUUAGUUCCUAUAAUAUGAGUUAUUGCAAUGUAUAUUUUGUGAAAAGCUAUUUGGUGCAUUUUGGAACCAUCUUGGGACUUUUUCUUUUUUUUUUUUAAGAAAAAAAUGCUAUUUUUGUUCAGUCAUGAGAUGACUUAACUGCUUUGGAAUAUAUUCCAAUAAAGACUUUAAUUUUGAAGAA